AUGAUGGCGGAAUCGGACAACACGGCUGACGCGACCCGACGGCUAAAUGUGAAAAAACAGACACUCGACGAUGCGUACGCAAUCCCGGCCAACUUCCUCGAAAUUGAUGUCGUAAACCCGAUGACAACGAUUGCGGCCGGAAAGAAACGUUACACCGACUACGAAGUGCGGAUGCGGACAAACCUGCCGGUGUUUAAAGUGAAAGAAUCUAGCGUCCGUCGCCGGUACAGUGAUUUCGAAUGGCUCAGGAACGAACUGGAGCGCGACAGCAAGAUUGUUGUUCCCCCGCUACCUGGCAAGGCGUGGAAACGGCAGAUGCCAUUCCGCGGUGAUGAUGGAAUAUUUGACGAAAACUUUAUUGAGGAACGACGAAAAGGGCUGGAACAGUUUAUCAACAAAAUUGCCGGCCACCCACUCGCGCAGAACGAACGGUGUUUACAUAUGUUUUUGCAAGAGGCCGCCAUCGACAAAAACUAUGUCCCCGGCAAGAUACGUAAUACGUAA